UUUACUUUAUUGUUGCUGUAUGCUGUGAAUGGGAUACAGCUGCAGCCCCGCAUGAAGCCUUCGGCUGGCAAACAAGCCUCAGAGUGGGCAGAAAUGUGUUCAUAUUGAACGUUCAAACUGAAUCCUGAGGAUUGGAGAAGCGGAGAAAAUUAUGUAAUCACUGGAACUCUUUUGAGUUUUUUUUUUUUUUAACCCUUAGUAAAAAAGGGUUGUUGAUAUGAUAAAGUUCUAUUAUUAUUUUACAUUUUAUGUACAGUUAGGGUUUAGUGGUUAGGGCACGUUUGAAAUUUCAAGUCAGAAAUUUCGAGAAUUCAACACCGCUGUGGUGUAAAGAUCAGUCUGAGAUGUGUGCUAAUGUUGAACAUGAACACAGCUACAUUUACAAUGCUGACUAAUGCUGGAUAAAAACUAAAACUGCCCUUAUUUUCUAGUAAAACAAAAGAAAUUGCAGUGUGUUGUAUUGUUUGAAGUCGGAAUAAUGAAAACAAUGACUAAUCUUCACAAAUUCUCCCACAUGACUGGAGUGAGACAUAGCCACUAUCUAAAUUGUAUAUUGUUAGCUAGCUAACUAGCAUGAAUUAGCAGAAGCACCUCAUCAAUGAUAGCAUGCUAGCUCACAUGACCUAACAUUGGGUAAAUAUAGGUUAUUUAAGCAAUGUAAGUUCAUGUGAGCUAGCAUACUAUAGUUGGUGAGGUAGCUAUCAAUAGCAUCAAGUGAAAGUUAAAUAAUUUCUUAGAAAUUAUUAAAUAAUUAGCGGCAUUUCAUAGACGUUUGGUGUGUAGCUAGUGCUAGGCCUUUUAGAUGGGGGGGUUGCCAAAAAAUGGACUUCUUCCAAGUGUUAAUGGCCAGGAUUUUACAUUUAAAAGUAAAGUUCUUUCAAGGGCUUAAGGCAUCUCAAGGCUUCUUCCAUCCACUCUGUGCUUUAGCAUCAUGGGUCUGCAUGCCUGCCACUGGUCUAGUUUACUGCACAAUCAUGAUCCAUUUCUAAAAGCCGUCAAAUGAUUUAUCCCAGUGCUAUGAUGUGAAAAACGUGCUGCUUUGUUUUAUCUGCAUCCAUGUAUACCUGCAUGUAUGCAUUCAGACGACAAGAAAGGCAAAAACAAAGGCAAAAACAAUAAAGCAGCUGUAGGCAGAAACAGCAAAGCAGCCACCAGCGAGGACGGUGGGGACGAGGACGAAGACGCUGAGCCCCCUAAAGGUCGAAAGGCAGCCAACAGAAAGAAAGCAGCUCCAAGGGAGGCCUCGGAGGAUGACAGUGAUUAUGACAUUCCUCCGAAGAGGUGUGCAGGGAAUCGGAAGAGAGGAAAGCCAGCGGGAGCCAAAAACAAGAGAGGCAAAAGUGCUAAGAAGAAAAGCAGUAGGUAUGUUACUGCUCUCAGUGAGGACUCAAAGUCAGAGGGGGGGGAGGAGGAGGAGGAGUCCAUGUCAGAGGGGGAGAGGGCUCGGCUAAUGGAAGAGGUGGAGGAAAAGAAGAAGCUGAUCGCGAACAUUAGGAGCAAGCCGUGGCGGAUGAAGAGGAGGCUCAAACACCUCAAGGAAGCUCAGGUGUUUGUGGAUAAGUUUGAAGGUGCGCUGGGCAAAGGGAAGGGCAAGAAACUGUAUGCCUUCAAAGUCAUGAUGAUGAAGAAAUGGAUCAAGUUUCAGAGAGAUUUUGACAACUUCAAGACAGCCUGCAUACCCUGGGAACGGAAAAUAAAAGAGGUUGAAAGUCACUUCGGUUCUUCAGUCGCCUCGUACUUCAUCUUCCUCCGCUGGAUGUAUGGCAUGAACCUUGUUCUGUUCAGUUUGACCUUCGGCCUGAUUGUGAUCCCUGAGGUUCUCAUGGGCCUCCCUUAUGGAUCUAUUCCUCGGAAAACAGUGCCGCGAGAAGAACAGGACACGGCAAUGGACUACGCAGUUCUCACCGACUUUAGCGGUUACUGCAAGUACUCUGUGUUAUUCUAUGGCUACUAUAAUGACCAGAGAACCAUUGGCUUCCUGAAGUUCCGCCUCCCUCUGUCCUACCUCUUGGUGGGCAUUGGGACCUUCGGGUAUAGCCUGAUGGUUGUGAUCCGAACGAUGGCUAAAAACGCAGAUGUGGGGGGUGGGGACAGCGAGGACAAUGAGUUCACCUUCGCCUGGAAGAUGUUCACAAGCUGGGAUUACCUCAUCGGCAACGCAGAGACGGCCGACAACAAGUUCGCCUCCAUCACCACAAGCUUUAAGGAGUCCAUCGUGGAUGAACAGGAGAACCAGAAGGAUGAGAACAUCCACCUCACGAGAUUCCUGCGUGUACUGGCUAACUUCCUCAUUACCUGCAUCCUGGGAGGCAGCGGAUACCUCAUCUACUUCGUGGUCAAACGCUCACAAGAGUUUGCUGGCAGGAACGACCUGAGCUGGUAUGAGAAAAACGAGAUGGAGAUCAUAAUGUCGCUACUCGGACUGGUGGGCCCAAUGCUGUUUGAGACUAUCGCCGAGCUGGAGGACUACCACCCCCGCAUCGCCCUCAAGUGGCAACUCGGACGCAUCUUCGCCCUUUUCCUGGGUAACCUGUACACCUUCCUGCUGGCUCUGUUCGAUGAGGUCAAUGAAAAGCUGGUGCAGGAACAAUCCAUAAAGAACGCCAGCGUGUGGUUCCUCAAGGAAUAUUAUGCCAACUACAGUGCCAAUAACCCGAACGGGACAGGCACGCCGCCCCCCCUUGACCCUGCUGAUGUGAUCCGUGGCCCGUGCUGGGAGACAACAGUGGGGAUAGAAUUUGUAAAACUGACUGUCUCAGAUAUCCAAGUGACGUAUCUGACGAUCCUCAUUGGGGACUUUGCAAGGGCUCUGAUUGUGCGCUUCCUUAACUACUGCUGGUGCUGGGACCUGGAGGCAGGCUGGCCCUCCUAUGCUGAGUUUGACAUCAGCGGCAAUGUCCUUGGAUUGGUCUUCAAUCAAGGGAUGAUUUGGAUGGGAGCGUUCUACGCUCCUGGUCUGGUCGGCAUCAACGUCCUCCGUCUCCUAACCUCGAUGUACUACCAGUGCUGGGCCGUCAUGGCCUCCAAUGUGCCUCAUGAGCGAGUCUUCAAGGCCUCGAAAUCCAACAACUUCUACAUGGGUCUCCUUCUUCUCAUCCUCUUCCUCAGCCUGCUGCCUGUCGUCUACACCAUCAUGUCCCUGCCACCAUCCUUUGACUGUGGGCCCUUUAGUGGCAAAGAGCGGAUGUUUGACGUGAUUGUUGAGACGAUAGAGCUGGAUCUGCCGUCAUUUAUGGGGAAGCUGUUCGGUUACGCAGCCAACCCCGGCCUCAUCAUCCCAGCUGUUUUGCUCAUGGUUCUGGCAAUUUAUUAUCUCAACUCAGUGUCUGAGGCCUAUAAGAACGCCAACAACGAGCUAAAAAAGAAAAUGCAAAUGGCAAGAGAUGAGGAAAAGAACAGGAGGAAUAACAAAGACAGCACCAAUCAAGUGAUGAAGGAUUUAGAGGAUUUACUACCCAGACGCUCCAAUAUGCCGGAUUCAGGCAACCAAGCAGGUCAGAAAAACAAACCUGGUGGAGGAAAACCAUCAAGAGUGAAGCCAGGAUCAGCUGCGAAUGGUGUGAACCUGCAGAAAGACGUAACGCUGGCAUCAGCUAAUCCUAAUGCCCGAGGACCUGUGAACCGAGCACCAGGCCCCAGGACAGCUGGGCCUCUGCCUGGACACCCGGGGCCGGCUCCAGGGGCAGGACAUCGAAAGGGACAAUAGUACUAGACACUAGCGCUAGCCACGAGCAUUAGACAGUAUCAGACUACCUCCUAAAUGAUGCAGUGAACUAUAUACUAGUCUUUCUUCCUGAACCUGUUUAAUUAUUCCAAUUUCUCACAAAUGAUACAUAAUGAAUAGAGACUCUGGUAUGUUUUUAAUUCAGCUUAAGCGCUGCAUAUUACAUUAA